AUGACAAAAGAGGUUAUGAAAACUCAAGACCUACGCUUUGCUACUAGGCCCGAAUUUAUGUCUGGAGAUAUUAUUUUCUACAAUUACACAGACAUUGAAACUUGUCCAUAUGGUGAAUACUGGAGAAAUAUGCGCAAAGUGUCAGCUUUCGGGAAAGUGAUUCAUGAUCAAGAUAAGUUGAUAAUGUUGGUGAAAGACGUAACACUAUUAGCUGGUGGAUUUGACUUGGCUAAUUUGUUCCCUUCCCGAAAAUGGCUUCACGAGAUCAGUGGAUUGAAGUCCAGAAUGUUGAAGCUUCACACCAAGAUAGAUGUAAUUUUGGAGAAUAUCAUUAAUGAGCAUCGGAAAAAUCGAACAAUUGGUAAGAAGGGCAAUGAUGAUGAACUGUAUGGAUUGAUUAUUGAGUGGGCUUGGUGGAGUCUCAAAGGAGUUAUUUUUAACAUAUUCUUAGCAGGAGCUGAAACCUCAUCUACAACAAUUAUUUGGGCGUUGGCUGAAAUGAUAAGAAAUCCAAGUGUUAUGGCUAAAACACAACUUGAAGUUAGAGUAAGGGUGUCUGAUGGGUGGGACGGGCCGGGCUGGAUUCCAUCAGGAAUAACUGCAGACAGUUUCGACAUGACUGAAACAGAUGGAGUAAAUGCCGGAAGAAAGGAUGAUCUUUGUUUAAUUGCUGCUCCGUUUGGUCUCUCCUAG